AUGGCUUCGGCGAUAAGGAAGAAGCCAAACUGCUUCAAUUUGGUUCACCAGAUCGUGAUGGUCAAGAAAAUGAAGUGCGAGGACGUUGGGUCGUUGGAGGACUGGUUUCAUGCGUGGGAGCAUGCGGCCAAAGAAGCGGAGGCGUACAGAAUUGGAAGUCUUGAAAGCAAAGCCGCCCUGCAGCUGUUGACCGCCGUGGAUGGCCCAGUCUUCGAGAAGCUGAGCGACAUGGUGAGGACCUACGGGAUGAACAAGAUACUCAAUCAUGAGCCCAUCGCUGACGGCCUUUUCAACAGAGAUUACUGCGCGGCCAGCGGGCAGUUGAAGCCAUGGGCUGAUAUCUUGAGCAAUACACCGCAGUCCCUGGAGCUCACGCUGCACCGCAUGGAGGAAGACUACAAGAACCUGCACGUGAAGAUGCGCAAACCCUUUGCCUCAAAGGACGUGGAACCUCAGCGGCUACAUAGUACAAAAAGCUCAUCCUAG